AUGAUGGAGACGAUGGACAAGCCCUUCGAAAUCGACGACAUAGAGUGCGCCUAUAUCGGCAACUACUCGUCCGACUUGUUCGAGACUCAGGGCCAUACUGCGCCCAUCGUUGCCGACUGGCUGGGAAUGACCCCCAUCCCCAUCACCCGCAUCGAGAAUGCUUGCGCCAGCAGUGGCAGCGCCCUUCGCGAGGGCGCUAUGGCCAUCGCCAGCGGCAUGUACGACAUCGUGCUGGUUGGCGGGAUGGAGAAGAUGACCAACCUCCCCACCGAAGGCGUUACCGACGUCCUCGCCUCCGCCGCAGACGGUCUCUACGAAGUGCCGGCCGGCCUAACCUUCCCCGGGAUCUUCGGGGCCAUCGCCAAGGCCCACAUGGACCGCUACGAGACCAACUUGGACCACCUGCUCAAAGUGGGCAUCAAGAACCAUAACAAUGGCGCGCUGAAUCCCAAGGCCCAGUUCAACGUUACCAUCCAGGACAUGAUGGAUCGUCGCAAGGCUCGGGCUGAGCAGCGCGGCCAGCCCGUACCGGAUUGGCAGACCGAGCUCGACUUCCUGCACGACGAACAGGCCAACCCCUGGAUCGCUUGGCCCCUGCGCCUCUACGACUGCGCCCCCAUCACCGACGGCGCCUCCUGCAUCCUGCUGGUGUCGUCGGAAAUCGCCCACAACUUUACCGACCGUCCCGUGUCCCUGGCAGGCAUCGGGCAGGCAUCGGGCAAGCCCCUGCACGACGCCGACGAACUGACGUCGCUCUCGGCCGCCAAGGAAGCAUCUCGACAGGCAUACGAGAUGGCGGGCAUCACCGCCGACGACGUGGAUGUGGCUGAAGUUCACGACUGCUUCACCAUCGCUGAAAUCGUUGCCACCGAGGAUCUGGGCUUCUUCGUCCCGGGCGAGGGCCCACGGGCCGUCGACGAAGGCCGCACCGCCCUGGACGGAGACCGCCCAAUCAACACCUCUGGCGGACUCAAGUCCAAGGGACACCCGGUGGGCGCGUCCGGAGUGGGCCAAGUGGUUGAGAUCUAUCACCAGCUUCGCGGCGAGGCCGGGGAGCGGCAGGCCAAGAAAUCAAAGGUUGAAGUCGGCCUUACUCACAAUGUCGGCGGCACUGGCGGCACCUGCGUCGUCAACGUCCUCCGGAUGGAGUAG